AUGGAUCUCAAGCAAGAGCAGAAGAUUAAGGAUGAUGAUCCUUCGAAUCCAAAUCCAAAGACAACCUUGACCACGUAUCCUCCUGGAACGGAAGCCCUUUCCAUUCAGGUGGCCGGCCACGUGUACACUGGCACCGAUACGGGCAUGCUUCGGCACACCGCCUCCGGCGACAUUCUCAAGCUGGUGAAGGAGGAGCGCUUCCGUCGAGAGUGGCUUUUCUAUAAGGAAGUUUUUGAUGACUCUGCAGAGGAUUCGACCAAAGAGGAUCUCGCGAAGAAGAUGCUCCGACCGCUGCUUCCCACCUACAAGGGCGUCCUCGAGCUGGGCCCAGCGCCGGGCGACCUGCCCUUUAUGCGCCUCGCCGACGUCGCCUUCUACGGCUCCCACCCGACGGUGAUGGACAUCAAGAUCGGCAAGCGGACCUACGGGCCGGACGCCACAGAGAAGAAGAAGGACGACGAGCGAAAGAAGUACCGCUUUCAGGAGGAGCUCGGCUUUCGAGUUCUAGGAAUGAUG